AUGAGUACCACUCGAGACGUAAAGGCCAAGUGCCUCUGCGGCCAUUAUCAAUUGUCCCUUGCAGUCCCCAAAGAUCAACUUCCCCUUGCGGCCUCCGUAUGUCAUUGCGAUAGCUGUCGUCACGCCUUGGGAUCGUUGUAUGCUUGCGUAGCCUAUGUGCCCGAGAGUUGCCUCGAGGCCGUGCAACAGUCCCUUCCCAAAUUGAAGGCUAGUCAAUGGUCAAGUCGCAGAACAACAUACUUCUGCCCUACUUGUGGCAGCACCAUUGUCGACAUUAUUGAUGGCCGAGUCACUAUCCACACAGGAGCCCUCGAUCAGUUUGACGACACGGUACAGAUUCAACGUCAGAUAUUCGUCAAGGACACCCAGGAUGGUGGCUUCAGUCACUGGCUCAAAGACUUGCCGAUCAAGACACAUGCUACUUUGUCCGACAGGUUACCUGCGGAUUGGCUCCAAACGGGUCACCAACCAGCAGCCUACCCAUCCGAUCGACUGCAUGCCCACUGUCUUUGCAGCGGUGUAGAUUUCUGGAUCUCUCGUCCACUUACAUCCUCUGCCAAUCCCGACAACCCCAAGUCAGAUGUGCGCCAGCACAAUUUUGACCGUGGAGACUACGAUGUCAACAACCCUUGGUGGCUGUGCGCAAACCGGACCAAAUUCUUCACCGAGGUGUGCCUCUGCAACUCCUGCCGUCUGUCAAGCAGCUGUGACUUUCUUCCAUGGACCUAUAUCCCAACCACAGACAUCUCUCUUGCUGCCGACGGCAGUUUGCCAUUUUCUCGCGACUUUGGCACGCUCAAAGAAUAUCACUCGUCUGACGAAGCGUCAAGAUACUUCUGUGGUCAGUGUGGUGCAACGAUCUUCUACAUCAGAGAGGAAAGACCCGGUAUCGUGAACGUGGCUGUGGGAUUGCUUGAUGCAGCUGAGGGAUCUCUGGCACAGAGCUGGCUAGAAUGGAGGACUGAUGGUCUCGAUUUCAAGGAAGACAGCGUCGGUCGUGCUGCCACUUUGGUCAACAACGUCGAAGGGGCAUUGCAAAAAUGGGGUCGGGAGGCAUCAACUUCAAGCUCAUAG